CGCCGGGUUCCUCCUACCCCCGCGCCUCAGCCCGCCGUUCGUUCUGCCGCCGCGGCAGGCGUCCCGAGGGCUCGCGCCUCAUUGGAGUGGGCGCGCGGUAAGGAAGACGCGGGAGGCCAGGGGUGGCAGAGAAGACGUUCGCUUGCCGGCCCGCCUGGUUGCCCGGCCGGUUUCCUCUCCUUCCCCCUCCCCCUUCCCGUCUUUGUCUCCAUCUCUUUCUCGCAGUUUGGCUUAGCCGCGAGAAAAAGCAGGCCGGGAGAGGAUGACGCCCGCGUAGAAGGGGUGAGGAGGAGCCCCCUGGCCUCGUUUACUCUUGACUUAUGUGGAGCUGUUAUUGUUCCCAGAGAUUUUAAAGUUGCACUUCAUAAACUCUGGCCGAAGUGAAGGACAAAGAUCAUGAGUUUGUUUAAUCUGGACCGCUUUCGCUUUGAAAAGAAGACAAAAAUUGAAGGACAGAAUGCUCCAUCUUCAGAUUCUCCUGCAGAUCAAAAAGCACCUGCUGCUUUCAGUACUGUAAAGAAUUCUACACCUCCUCCUCCUUCAGAAGACCAUUCUGCUAUUGUUGGUGGAGAAGAUGAUAAUGAUCAUAGUAGUGGACCAACCUCUCCAGCAUCUGAUGUGUCUGAGAAAACUGAUGACUCCAGUAUUCCAGAAACUCCUGAAUCAAAGAGGACAGUGCAAUCAACGUAUUUUAAAUAUCGGAAAGAUGUUAUUGAAUUGUCAUCUGAAAGUGAAGGCGAGGAAAUACCAACCAAAUACAACAAUGCAAAGCAACCCACAGUUUCUAGAAAGGAUGUCAUUGUAAUUUCUGAACCUUCUGAUGAAGAAAGUGAGAAUGAAUCAUCACAAUCUCUCCAUAAAAAUGGUCCAACCGAAAUGUCAGAUGCCACAGAGGAAGAGGAGGAGGAAGAUCUGAACUACUGUAAACUCCAAACACUAAAAGAACUUUUUCCACAAAAAAGUGACCAAGAAUUAUUAGAGCUGAUAGAAUCAACGGAUACAAUGGAUGAAGCUAUAGCUGCUGGUCUAAAAUUGUUUGAGGAAGGAGGAUCUCGAAAGAGAAAGCUCGAAGAAGGUGCAGUGGGUGGUCCUGAAGAUAAGGAUGACCAAAGUGCAAAAAAGAAAAAGCUUGAUCCUUUGCAAAAUCCCGAAAACCAGUGGGAAAAGCGUGAAAAUUUAGUAAGCAAACUGCACAAAGAAUUUCCUAGCUUGGAUAAAGAGGAAUUGAGAGAUGUACUUCAAGAACACAACUGGAUAUAUCAAGAAGCUCUGGAUUCUUUAAAAGCAUUUAUGGAAGAUCAAGAGGAUGCACAAUAUCCUUCCAAAAGUGAAGUUUCAAAUGGAAAGGGGGUAUCAAUUAAUAAUACCCAUUACCACCAGAAUGACACUAAUGUGAGGCUCAAAGAGAAAUCAUCCAAAACAUCUGAGAAUGGCUUCAGGAGAAAAGAAAAAAAGAAAAAGAUUUGGAGUACUAAAAAGGAUUCACAGGAGCUGGAGUAUGAAUCUGCUUCAGAAGCUGGUAGCUCCCUUGAUGAGGACUAUAGCAGUGGUGAUGAAGUGAUGGAAGAUGGUUAUAGAGCUAAAAUUCUUAGUUUUCUUCAAGAUGCUUCUCUUGGUGAACUCACUUUGAUUCCACAGUGUUCUCAGAAAAAGGCUCAGAGAAUAAUGGAGCUCCGUCCCUUUAAUAGUUGGGAAGCUUUGUUCACAAAAAUGUGCAGGACCAAUGGCUUGUCAGAAGAUAUUAUUUGGAAUUGCAAAACAUUGCUAAGAGAAAGAGAUGUUGUGUUAAAACUUAUGAACAAAUGUGAAGAGAUCUCAAAUAAACUGACCAAACAAGUAACAAGGAUCACUGGAGAUGGAGGUGGUGGAUGGAACAUUGACCAACCAUCCAUCCUGAAUCCAAGCAUGGAACUUAAGCCAUAUCAGAAGAUUGGUUUAAAUUGGCUAGCACUUUUGCAUAAGCACUCACUGAAUGGUAUUUUAGCUGAUGAAAUGGGUUUAGGAAAAACCAUUCAAGCAAUUGCUUUUCUGGCAUAUCUUUAUCAAGUGGGUGAUGUAGGUCCACAUUUGAUUGUAGUGCCAGCAUCAACAUUAGAUAACUGGAUAAGAGAAGUUAACCUGUGGUGUCCUGAACUCCAGGUCUUAUUUUAUUAUGGAUCUCAAGAAGACAGGAGGCAUCUCAGAAUGGAUAUCCACAAUAAAGUAACAGAUUUCAAUGUGAUAGUGACAACGUAUAACUGCGCUAUUAGCAGUCCAGAAGAUCGUAGUCUAUUUCGCCGGAUGAAACUUAAUUAUGCAAUCUUUGAUGAAGGUCAUAUGCUAAAAAAUAUGGGUUCUGUACGCUAUCAACACCUGAUGACAAUUAAUGCAAAAAAUCGUUUGCUGCUAACUGGAACUCCUGUUCAAAAUAAUCUUUUAGAACUUAUGUCCCUGUUGAAUUUUGUAAUGCCACAUAUGUUCAGUAGUAGCACCAGUGAAAUUCGGAGGAUAUUUUCUUCUAAAGCAAAAUCAUCUGAGGAGCACAGCGUGUAUGAAAAGGAGAGAAUUGCCCAUGCAAAGCAGAUAAUAAAACCAUUUAUCUUGAGAAGAGUAAAAGAAGAGGUGCUGAAACAACUACCUCCCAAAAAAGAUAUUGUUGAGUGGUGCGAAAUGUCUGAGAAACAGGAACGACUAUACCAAGAUCUUUUUAGCUGCCUUAAGAAAUCUAUUGAUAGUCAAGAAAAAAAUUCCGAAAUGGGCAAUGUCAUGAUGCAGCUAAGAAAAAUGGCUAAUCAUCCUCUCUUACACCGUCAAUAUUAUACCUCUGAAAAACUUAAAGUUAUGUCAAAACUCAUGCUCAAGGAGCCUACACACUGUGAAGCAAACCCUGAUCUUAUUUUUGAAGAUAUGUGUGUGAUGACUGAUUAUGAACUGCAUUUGCUUUGUAAACAGUAUGCAAAUAUUCAGGAUUUCAAACUUGAAAUGGAUCUAAUUUUGGAUUCUGGAAAAUUUAGGACGCUUGCACGCAUUUUAUCGGACUUUAGAGAAAAGGGUGACAGAGUUGUCUUGUUUAGCCAAUUUACCAUGAUGCUGGACAUCUUAGAAGUUCUCUUGAAACAUGAGCAACAUCGCUAUCUUAGACUGGAUGGAAAGACACAGAUCUCUGAUAGGAUACAUCUGAUAGAUGAAUUCAAUUCAGAUAUGGGUAUAUUUGUUUUCUUGCUUUCAACUAAAGCUGGGGGACUUGGGAUUAAUUUGACCUCAGCCAACGUGGUCAUUCUCCAUGAUAUUGACUGCAAUCCUUACAAUGACAAACAGGCUGAAGACAGAUGCCACAGAGUUGGACAAACUAGAGAAGUGAAAGUUAUCAGGCUUAUAAGUAAAGGGACCAUAGAGGAAUCCAUGCUCAAAAUCAGUCAGCAGAAGUUAAAAUUAGAGCAAGACAUGACAGCAGCAGAUACAGGAGAAGAAGGAGCCAUUCCAGCAGAUAUAGCAACACUAUUAAAAACAUCAUUAGGUCUCUAAUACUAAUAUAAAGAAAAGUGAUGUAGAUUUUUUUUUAUUUGAGGGAAAAAAACGUGGUGCUUCAAUAACUUUUUGUUAUUAAAUACAUUUGUAUGAACAUUUAUAGCUUUUUAAAGAAUUCUUGUUGUAUUGGUCAUGGCAUAGCAUUUUCCCACUACUGGUACUCAAAUUAAAAAUGUACAGCUGCCACAAAAAUGUAGUGCAUAAAAUGCCAUCUGAACUAUCUUACCAAGGCAGUUUUUAAUAGGGACCCUAGUUUUAACAGAACUGCUAAUGCUUAAAAUUGUUGCAUAUUUUUGUAAUUAUUUCUACCUCCAAAUAUAUAUAUAUAGAAUCUGUCUAUUUCACUGGAUGUGUGGUUUUUUUACAUGUGCCUUAUUUGAAAUGCCCAUAUUUGUUGUCUCUUGGCUUGUUUUCAUUUGAAGUACUGUAAUGUUUUAUAUCAGAUUGUUCACAUAAUAAAAAAUUAACCUUAACGAA